AUGGCAACUGCUCUUUGUUUCGCUAAAGCCGGUAUUCGAGUACAUCUGAUUGAGAAGCAACCAGAAUUUGCUGAAGUUGGAGCUGGAAUGCAGUUAGCACCGAACUGUAGCCGUUUGUUAGAUCAUUUAGGAGUUUUGAAAGAAGUACAAAAGCAUGGCGUAUUCCCCAAACAAAUUGUUUGGAUAGAUGCUUUAUCUGGGGAGAAACUAUCAGGAUUAGAUCUCGGAGAAAAAUUUGUUGAGAAGUUCGGUUAUCCUUACAUGGUUGUGCAUCGAGGAGAUCUUCUUCAAGCUUUGUAUAAAAGUUGUCUUUCGAGUUCGUUGGUAACGAUGGAAGCAUCAAAACAAAUUGUCCAUAUUGAAGAACAAUCCUCGUCUGUUUUACUUUCGUGUGUCGAUGGUACUCGAUAUGAUUGCGAUGUUGCCAUUGGGGCUGAUGGCCUUUGGUCGAGCACUCGUAAAUUUGUCCAUGAUGAUGGGGAACCAUUGAGUGUAGGUUAUGUUACAUAUCGAGGGACAGUACCCAUUCAGCAAGUAUCGGAAAAAGCUGGUCGAGAAAAUGUUUUGUUUUGGAUUGGCCCAGAAAUGCAUUUAGUUCAGUAUCCCAUACGUCGAGGAGAACUGUAUAAUCAGGCCGCUGUUUUUAAAUCGAAACGUCUCCCAGAUAAGACAGAUCAAUGGGGAACACCGGAAGAACUUCAGGAAAAAUUUGGUGUCGGAUGUGAGUCAGUCAAAAAUGCUCUUCCACUUUUGGGAAAGAAUUUUCGAUGGCCAGUCUAUGAUCGAGAACCAUUGAAAACAUGGUCUCGAGGCAGAUUAGUUUUACUUGGGGAUGCUGCUCAUCCAAUGCUGCAAUAUGCAGCACAGGGUGCCGCUCAAGCCCUUGAAGAUGCCGUGGCUCUAGUAUCAGCCUAUGUAAAACAUGGAACAGCCGAUAUUCCAUCUGUUUUUCAAUCAUACGAAACAGAACGAAUUAGUCGUUCAUCGAAAGUUGUUCAGCUCGCUCGAGAAAUCGGCAAAUUUGCUCAUGUUGACGGUAUUUUAAAACGUUUUCGAGAUACUAUGUUACGUCAACAUGAUUUUUUUGACUAUGAUUGUGUUAACUGGCUAUAUGCUGAAAAUUAA